AGAAGAAGAAAAGCAUGAAGGUGUGUGAGGUUUUGGGGCAACGGCCGCCAGUAUUAGUCUAAAACAAGAUACAGCGUGAAGCAUCGUGUAUUUACUGUACAGUGGUAGACAGCUGGUCUGACACAGGAUGGUGCAGCUUCAUGUGAAGCAUGGGGACGAGAGCCAGUUUCUCUUCAACACCACCGUGGACGCUCCUCUGGAGGAAAUUAUCCAUCAGAUUACUGCCAUUUACAACGGGAGACUGAAAGUGGAUCGAAUCUGUUCAGAAAUCCCAGAGCUUGCAGAGCAUGGCAUCACUCUGCCUCCCAACAUGCAAGGGCUGACUGAGGAACAGAUCGAGGAGCUGAAACUCAGGGAUGAAUGGGAAGACAAGUGCACACCUAGUGGAGGAUCGGUUUUUAAGAAGGAUGAGAUUGGGAGGAGGAACGGACACGCUCCCAAUGAGAAAAUGAAAGCAGUGCUGAUGAGAACAGUGGAAGAUGCAAAGGCAGUCAUUUCCAAAAAACAAGUUCAGGCUAAUAUUUGUGUGACUAUGGAGAUGAUAAAGGAUGCCCUCGAUCAGCUCAGGGGUGCGGUCAUGAUUGUUUAUCCCAUGGAGCUGCCUCCUCAUGACCCUAUCAGAAUGGAGUUUGAAGGCCAGGAGGACCUUUCGGGAACACAGGCAUCUCUGCAGGUGAUCACAGAGGACGAAUGCCAGCUCUGGUGGGCUGCCAAAGAAAUGCAAAGGGGGAAAAAACUGCAAGACUACAUUGGCAAAAAUGAAAAGACAAAACUCAUAGUAAAAAUUCAAAAGAAGGGACGGGGGGCCCCGGCAAGAGAGCCGCUGGUCACUGAGGAGCAGCAGAAACAGAUGAUGCUGCAUUACUACCGGAGGCAAGAGGAGCUCAAGAAACUGGAGGAGGCGGACGAUGACAGUCACCUGGACUCGGAGUGGUCCGACCGACAGGCCCUGAAAAGACAGUUUCAAGGUCUCACCAAUAUCAAAUGGGGACCGAGAUGAAGAUCAGUGACACUGCUGGUGUCUCCUCUGAACUGCUGCCUUGACCUGCUUUUGACCUGUUGUGUGGAUAAAACAACCGCUAACAGUUGUACAGACCGUUUGUGGCCUUUUGAUGUUUUUGGAAGCCCCGAAAAGACAAGUACAGAUACAGCAGAUGUGUGCCUGUAAUGUUGAUUUGAUGCAAUUAUUUAAGAGAAACUGUGACUAAGGCAUCCAGAUAUAACCAAAAACCUGGAGGUGAAAUUCUUUCAUACGAAUAUUGAUGUCUUUAUUCAUCAACUGU